UGUCACACAUCUCAGGCAAGAUGUCCAUUGCACAUUUCUGUCUGUCUGUCUGUCUGUCUAUCAGUUAGAUUACCGAGUAGCUCUCUGACACUCAUCAUAUGAUAAUACACCUGCUACAACUGGAACUGAGCUAUCCUACUCAACUCCCUCAGUCCCACCCGCCACGGUCCCCUCCUCCCCCCCUGCAGCCGGCGCCUCCUGCUGCUCAGCAUCCAUCCGUUGCCCUUCCGCCUCCUCCUCCUGCUGCUGCUGUGGCUGUGGCUGUGGUUGCGUCUCACUCUCGACCUUGUCCGCCCCGAACCCACCAGCACCAGCACCCGCUUGCGUCUCAUCCAUCGCCACAUUAUCAUCACCCUGUUGCUGCUGCUCCUGCUGCUCCUUCUGCUCCUGCUGCUCCUGCUGCUCCUGCUGUUCCUGCUGUUGCUGCUGGUCCGCAGGCACGACGUCAGCAUCGACUGGUACAGCGGCAGGCUCGGCGGCGUUUGCUGCUGCCGGUGCCGCCAUGUCCACAUCCUGAGGGCUGUCCACAUCGACAGGGGGCUGGACGUCAGGCGGAGGGGCAGGCGCACCGCCCUCACGGGCACCAACAACACCGUUGGGCGUCUGAAGAGCCAAGAUCAGAUCCCACACAAAGAGUUGUGUAAUGGAUUGCGUGUGCCCUGGUGUCCUUUCUCCGCACCAUACCUCUUCUUUGACGUCCUCGGUGGCGGCGACGUCGGCCGGCUGAUCCUUGGCAGCUGCCGCAGCAGCAGCGGCUGCUUUGCCACUGCCCUUUGGCCUGCCCCUCUUGCCCUUCUGGCCGGGCGGCCUGGUCGGCUUGAUGUUCUUCAGCAGGAUCGUGACCAACCUGACGAUACACAGAGUGAGUGAUGUGCGUGCAGCACAGAUUGAUGCGUGUGGAUGGGAACUGAGGUGGUGGGCCUUUCUUACUGUUUGACUUGGUUGAACAUGUUCUUGUCGGCCGCCAGCAUGUCCACCGACAGCGUCAACACCUUGUCGUCACGCUGAUAUGCCACACACGGACACGGGAGGGAAUGGUGUGCGCCCCUCCAGCUCAUGAUUCACCUACCGGCUGCAGUGCCGAAGGCGACCGCAACUGCAGGAACCUAACCACCUGCAACAUCACAUCCACCGCAUGGCAGACCAGACGGACGGACAUCUAUCUCCCUCUGUGUGUGUUGCUGUCGCAGCCUUAUGAGUAUGUAGCUCCGUACUUUGGCUAUGUAUGGGCCUGUGAGCAUCUGCAUGCGUGUGUGGAGCAGCUCUCGCUCGGCGAGGGGCAGCUGGGGUGGUGGGAUAGGGGCCAUGUGCACGGGCGCCUCGGGGACAGCCAUCAUCGCAGCCGCUUCCGUACUGACACACAAGAGACAGACAUGACGCAAAUAGCCCCAACACACGCCAUGAGGGUUCGAUCUGUCUGGCUGCAUACUUACACGUGUUGUUCCCGCUUGACCCGCGGCUGCACAUCCCUCUCGACGGCCACUGCUGCAGCGUCGACGCCAUCGGCGGUCCUCUUGCGUUUCUUCUGCUGCUGUUGUUGCUGCUGCUGUUGAUGCUGCUGAUGCUGCUUGGCCACCUUGCCCUUCUUCUUGCUGCCGCUCUUACUCACAGGUGCCACCACACCACCACCAGCAGCACUAGCUGCUGCGGCGGCGGCGGCUGCUUUGGCGGCUGCUGCUUUGGCGGCGGCUGAAUUGGCGGCAUCUGAGGCUGCGGAACCUGACGCCAAACUCUCAACCACCACUGCGUCAGCUGACAAACAAGUAUGUGCGUGUGUUGCCAUGAGCGUGUAGACUGUGUGUGUGUGGGUAUGCGUGUGUACCUGGUUUUUUGGUCUCCUCCUGUGGUGCGUCGGGCUGCAGCUGGUCUGGCAGGACGGUGAGGGGUCCGAGGACGCCAUCGGCCUCGAUGCGGCGCCGCAUCUCGUCAGCCUUCCUCUGCAUGCUCUGAGCUACCUUGCAUAUCACCUGGCAGCCAAGCACACACACAUGCACACAGACGGAUUGACACAUGCACAAGAGCGGUUGAUCUAUCUGUCUGUCGGCGUAGUCCUGUUUUUACCGAUCCCUUGCGGUUGUAGAGCUGGCAGUUGGCCCAGACGAGGCCGACGUCGUGCCAAAACUCAGAGAAGCGUGUGUACUUCGGAGGGUUGUCGGCAAGCUUUUGCUGCAUUCACACACACACACGCAGAGAAGGAAGGAGCACACCGUCAUGAUGAUGUCCUCCUGUUUUUUGUGAUCUGUUGCUGGUAGAUCUGCAUGCGUGUGGUUGUUGACGUACGCUGAUAGCGGAGAGGUCCAUGGGCUGUUUGACGAUGGUGAGGUAGUCCAUGUACUUGGUUGUGUCGACGGGCAGCAGGAAGGCGUCCGCCUCGGGGUCCUCCUGCAGCUUCUUGACCGUAUCACGCAAAGCACUCACCAACGCCUCCUGCAUCACCAUAAUCUCGUCAGCCGAUCAAUUAAGGGCAAAGGUGGUGUGUUCCUCGAUAUGACAAACGUCGGAAUGUCUGUACCGGCGGACACCGACACCACCAAGGACGCGCAGGUUGGUCG